AUGUCCGGUGCGGACAAUCCUGCCUUCAUCCCAACGGAAGAUGGCGUGCCUGUUUCUGUGGAGCCGCCGACUGACGUGAAGCCACCGCUUGCGACGGUGGAAAAGUCCACCGAGAAAGAGCCCGUUGAGCGAGAAAAAUGGGACAAAGGUGUCGAGUUUCUGAUGUCCUGCAUCGCGCUCUCGGUCGGGCUGGGUAACGUGUGGAAAUUUCCCUCAACGGCGUUCCGCAAUGGUGGCGGUGCGUUCGUGAUCCCGUACCUGAUCGUGCUGCUUGUGGUUGGAAGACCGAUUUACUACCUCGAGAUGGUGAUGGGACAGUUUUCGAGCCGAGGCAGCGUGAAGGUGUACGAUGUUUCACCUGUCAUGCGAGGCAUCGGCAUCGCACAAAUGGUCUCGAUAUGCGUGGUGAUUGUGUACUACGCGGCAACAAUCGCGACGGCAAUCCGUUUCUUUGUCGCCUCAUUCGAAAGUCCGCUUCCGUGGGCCAGCUGUGACGUCUCAUGGACGGGCGUCAACUGUAUCGACUCCUCGAACGCUGGCCCAGCACCCCAGUUCAACAACUCGCUCCCAGUGAAGACCUCCGCGGAGUUGUUCUACACACACUCGGUGACCGGUGAGGGACUUCUUGAGGCGGGAGAGUUCGGUGCGCCAGAUUGGAAACUGACAUUGUGCCUACUGUUCAUCUGGGUAGCGAUGACCGUUAUGAUGGUGAAGGGCAUCCGAGGCUCUGGAAAAGUGGCCUAUUUUCUCGCGCUUUUCCCAUACGUCGUGCUGAUUUCGUUCGCCGUGUACGCGUUCACGUUGGAAGGCGCCGGCGAAGGACUAAAGUACUUCAUCACACCCGACUGGGACGAACUGCUAAACGCAGACGUCUGGAAGGAGGCCGUCUCACAGUGCUUCUUCUCACUGUCGAUCUGUUUCGGGGGUGUGAUCGCUUUCUCAUCGUACAACAACUUCAGCAAUAACAUCUACCGUGAUGCGAUGAUCAUCUCGUGGCUGGACACGUUCACCUCGCUACUCUCUGGAGCACUCGUUUUCUCCAUCAUCGGCCACCUGGGCCAUCUUACGAAUGAAACUGACUACACGAAGGUGGUCAAACCAGGCAGUGGACUAACGUUUGUCACCUACCCUGACGCGCUGGCUAAAUUCGAGCACGUCCCAAAUCUAUUCGCGCUGCUGUUCUUUUUCAUGCUGCUUACUCUCGGUGUGGGUAGCUGCACGGGACUGAUCAACAGCGUCCUGACGGCCAUGCAUGAUGCCACACCGAGGUUAAAGUCCUGGAAGACGGUCGUGGUGAUGGGAGUGAUCGGGUUCGCAUUGGGACUGCUUUUCGUGACACCUUCCGGUUCCAAGAUGCUCGACUACUUCGACUACUAUGGCGUGCAGUUUGUCACGCUCACGUCAGCCAUCUUCGAGCUGUUUGCGUUCUGCUGGUUGUAUGGCAUUCGCAACCUCACUCGAGACAUCCAGUUUAUGUUGCAGCGGCGGACUGGCUUCUUGUGGCGGUUCUGCUGGCGGUUUCUUACCCCAAUUAUGCUGAUCGUUGUGCUGGUGAUCGGGCUGGUGAAGAGCCAGCGACCGCAGGGCAUCGACGACAUCUACCAUGUGUUCGGUUGGUGCAUCUACGUGGCAGCCCUGGUGCCAAUCCCUCUGUGGGCCUGGUUCGCGAUACGCAAACGCAACGAGACCACACUCAAAAAGCGCAUCAUCGCCUCCACCAAACCCCUCUCGGACUGGGGUCCAGAAAGUCUCGAAGUUCGCAAGCAGUACCUCGAGUUCUGCAGCAAUUACCAACCGCUCGAGUCGCGCUGGAGCCGAUUACGGCGCGUGCUACACCGGAACGACAAAACCUACCGCGUGUCCGUCUAGCCGGUACGCUCUACCUUUCUCUCUCACACACACAGACAUACCCACCCUUGGUCAUCAGCCCUGGGAGAUGCGUCAGUAUUACAAGCGAGAAAGCCACCCUCUCGUCGGGGCCGGAUGGCAACAGCUGCUCGAACGCCGGCGCAACUCCACCACCGACGAAUGGUUCCGUGCGAGAGAUGGGAGGCUUUCGUUUUCGCCCCAACCACCCACAUUACCUUCUAAUCUAGCUCCUCAGUGAGACCCUAGUGCGAGCCCUCCUGGACGAACCAUACCAGAAACCGCGGGCUCGCGCAGUCACUGACGUGCAUAUGCCAUUGUUCGCGCAUUUUCCCGCGCGACGUUAAUUAACCGGAUCGGAACGUGAAGUGAGGCCUCCCAUUGAGCGAAGGGAGGCUGCACGUGGAAGCCAGAAGGCCAGGGACGCGCGCGAUGAAAGGAAAAGUUGAGUCCGUACGCGAGUAAACCCCCUGCCGGAACCGGUUCCCGAUGCUAUCGUGAUAAUUUUAUUAUAUAUUUUUAAUGACUUUUAAUUGUGCCACUGGACAAAGUAGAGACAAAACCUGCUGCAGUUUAGCGUUAGUUCUAUGACAAGCCGGAAAUAAAGAUAGCUACCAAAAC